AUGAGCCUCGCCGGCAUUACGCUCGAGACAAAGGAAGGCACAAAGGUGCCCGCUGCAGAGGCGCUGCGAGGGAAGAUCGUCGUCCUCUUCUUCUCGUCCGAGUGGCACACGCUGCACGAGGUUGCCCGGGAGAACGAGGUGCCGUUCGAAGUCGUGUACGUCUCGUCCGACCGCGACGCGGAGCAGAAGGCGCGUCUCCGCACGGCCCAGCCGCACGGCGCCUGCCACAGGAACUUUAAAAACACCUUCUCGCGACUUUCCGAAGGCGCGGCGUUGCACGGCCGUUUCCCCUGA